UGAGCAGCACUGACGAGUCUGUAGCCUUGAUAGUUCAAGGCGAUUCCAAAUUAAUUAUUGAACAAGUCAGAGGUGCCUUUGACUGCAAGAGUCCCAAGCUCCAACCUUACUAUCGCUCCGCCAAGAGGCUGCUUCAGCAGAUUCAAAAGGAGUGUCAACAACAGACAGGGCAACCCUGUCAGUUGACCUUGGAGCACGUAUACCGCGAAAACAACAAAGUGGCAGACAGUCUCGCCAAUAACGCUAUGGAUGCAAAACGAAGCUGGACAACAAAGUAUGAGGAGGACGACGAAGAGAAAGCCAACACGGACAAUGAAGAAGAUGCUCAAGACGAGGAGCCUUCUGGUCCCGCUGGUUCGAAAUGGGUCUAA